UGUGUGGUUCGAUCGUUUCAUUCCUAACAAAAACCGCAUAGGCUUUCUUUCUCCCUCGCUCAAACCCUAAAGCUUGAGCAACUGAGGAUUCUCAGUCUAAUCUCUCUCUACCUUGCUUGCUCGCUCGCUCGCUCGCUAUACAGUUUCCUUAGAAAUACUUUCUUAAUUACAAAACCCUAACCGUAGAUGUCUUCUUCUUCGGGGCAGCCUCAGUUCCGGUAUACGCAGACGCCGUCGAAGGUGCUGCACCUGCGUAAUCUUCCAUGGGAGUGCACCGAAGAAGAGCUCGUAGAACUCUGCAAGCCUUUUGGCAAGAUCGUCAAUACCAAAUGCAACGUUGGUGCCAAUCGCAACCAGGCCUUUGUUGAAUUUGCAGAUUUGAAUCAAGCGAUCUCAAUGGUUUCAUAUUAUGCUAGUUCAUCUGAACCUGCUCAGGUUCGUGGUAAGACUGUAUAUAUUCAAUACUCAAAUAGGCAAGAAAUUGUCAAUAACAAGAGCUCUGGAGAUGUUGCUGGGAAUGUGUUGCUGGUUACAAUCGAGGGUGUAGAAGCUGGAGAUGUCAGCAUAGAUGUUAUUCACUUGGUCUUUUCCGCUUUUGGGUUUGUGCACAAAAUUGCAACUUUUGAAAAGGCUGCUGGAUUUCAGGCAUUAAUCCAGUUUAGUGACUCUGAGACUGCAUCUGCUGCACGUAACGCAUUGGAUGGCAGAAGUAUCCCCAGAUACUUGCUUCCAGAGCAUGUUGGAUCAUGUCACUUGCGUAUCUCAUUUUCUGCUCAUACUGAUUUGAAUAUCAAGUUUCAAUCUCAUCGUAGCAGGGACUACACAAAUCCUUAUCUUCCUGUAAAUCCUUCUGCAAUUGAGGGAACCAUGCAGUCUACGUUGGGUCCAGAUGGGAAGAAAAAAGAACCUGAGAGUAACGUGCUUCUUGCUUCAAUUGAGAAUAUGCAAUAUGCUGUCACAGUUGAUGUUCUUCACACGGUUUUUUCAGCAUUUGGAACAGUCCAGAAAAUAGCUAUAUUUGAGAAGAAUGGUGGAAUGCAAGCACUAGUUCAAUACCCUGACGUCACAACAGCUGCUGUUGCUAAAGAAGCUUUGGAAGGACAUAGCAUCUAUGAUGGUGGCUACUGUAAGCUUCAUCUGUCAUACUCUCGUCAUACUGAUCUCAAUGUAAAGGCUCAUAAUGACAGAAGUAGGGAUUAUACAAUACCUGAGGCAGGAUUGCUUCCAAUGCAACAAGCUGCUGCUAUACCUACUGCUACAGGUGGUUGGCAAAGUCAGGCUGGCCCGGUGUAUUCUGGUAAUGAAUAUGCUUUAGGCGCACAGACUCCAGUUCCAGAUGGCCAAGUAGGAUCGUGGGAUCCUAACAUGCAAGCAGGCAGACAAACAUUUGUGUCAGUUCCAAGCACAUUUCCAGGCCAAACAUUCUCACCUGUUGCUUCAUCUCCAUAUAAUACGGCAGGAAGUCUUCCUAUGGGAACUGUUCCGGGGUCCUCUCCUCUCCAGCAUUCUCAGCCAGUUAGUGCUGGUAUGGCUUCUCAGAGAUUGUCUCAAUAUGGUGCUCAUCCAAAUGUUCGCUCUUUGGGUGGACCACUUGCAGGACAGCCUCCAUAUUAUGGCCAAUAAGAAUCGCAUCACUUACUGCUGCUCUCAUUGUGCCUAAUGUCUUCUCGAAGUGGAAUGCGAAUACAAGUGAAGGCUUGUAGCUGACUUUAAUUUGGCAGGGCUUGAGUCUUGGUGUAAAUCUUCUUGUUAGCCUUCUGAUGCGAGUGCUAUAUGCCCUCAAAACUUUUUCAGGAAUGGAAAAAUACUGUAUUUACAUUUUGAUGCCAUUGCGCAUUAGAAAAAAUUUCUCGUUUCUGUUUGA